UUAAAAAUGGCAGCCUCCGUUGAAACAGCGGGUUCCUCCUCAAUUUUCUCUCCACAGGAAAUCUUAAAAGAAGUUAGAACAUUUAUCCAUGGGGCUAACUACAAAGUACAGAACUUGCGCCAGCGUGAGAAUCUUAGCCAAUCAGCACUUAUCUUGCUGCGUACCCUGCCAACAGCAAGGGCCGCUGUGCUGGAGUAUACAGCUGGCGUGUUUGAUGAGGCGGUAAAUGCUUAUCUGCUGGAAAUGGAAGUGGGCCACUCUGUCAAUGAUGGCAGCAGUCAGGCUAUGGACAGGUACCUACAUGAUGUCUGUGGUAUAUUACACAGCUUCAUACAAGCGAACCAUGCGGCAUGGGCCCCCAUCAUCUCCGCUUGGUCCCUUGAGCUCCUGGGUCACCUGAGCCGGAAGUAUGCAGACAGGCGUGGGGUGCCUCGAGGGAGUUUGAAUGAACUGCUACAACUGUGGCUCACCUGCACACCCACCAAGUUGCUCAUUGAUGUCGCCACACAGUGCUUCUCACAGAUGGCGACAGCAACAACUGCCAGCUAUGUAGAUGCUUUGUUGGAGGCGUCAGUUAAAUACACUCCACAUUUUGACUGGGUUGUGGCACAUAUCGGGUCAGCGUUCCCCCAGGCAAUCAUCACUCGUGUGCUGAUGUGCGGGCUCAAGGACUACAGUUGUCAUGGUAACCAGGGAGAUGGGGAGGGCAUGGAGGGGAAGAUUCCCAAGAUGGCCUCUGUGGUAGGGAUCCUUGGACACUUGGCAGCCCAGCAUGGUGUGGAUAUACGUGAUGCUCUACUUAAACUAUUCCAGGAGAGCCUUGAUGGGACCCCAGGGCAGGGACAGGCCCCUGUGUUAGGCUUCCUGCUCCAGCUAGCCUCCAUGUCACCAGUCCUGCUCCACAUACUGGCCAACAACCUUAUACCCAGAUUAAACGCUCAGGUGUUAAAUAGACUCCACACCCAGCUACAGCCAUGGGCGGCCAGUCGCCCGGGAGAAUUCAAGAGCCUUAUGACGCUGGUUGUCCACUUGAUUAUACAGAACGAGACCAGUGCAGACAGUCUCCUCAACUUCCUUAUCAGUAAUUCUACUCCCUCUGCAGAGUUAUUGCCAAGUGAAGCAACCUCUCCUUUACCAGAAAUAAACAAUAUCUGCGCCUUCCUCAUUGAGGAGGUACUAAGAGAGACACAGACUCAGGUUUACAGACGGGGCCGUCUGGAGAUGGGCAUGUCCCUGCCCUAUCUUGGUGCCCUGGGCUCUCACAUACACACCCUCACAAAGGAGAUGCUGGACACAGGAGAUAACAGAGGGAAAUGGCUUCAGCGUUUAGUAUGCUAUAUAAUCCUUUACAAGGGGCAGAAAGUUGGUGCGGAAAUCCUUGCAUACAUUCUCACAAUUGCAAAAACACACGGGCAGCUAUCACAGCUGGUUCGUAUACAACGAGAGGUUGAAACCGGCCUGCCGGGUGUGCUGGAUGCCUGUGUGUGUCACACCUUGGAUCUUCUGCACUACAAAAAGGACACGGACAAACACACACUCCUAACAAACCUGCACACGCUCACACACUGGGAAAGCACAGCCGGUGAUAAUCUUGUAAGGUGUUCCUUUAAAUCAUGUCUAGUUGAUCAUUGGUCGUCCUUGACCCCGCUGUUACUGCACGAUGACCUUGACAUUACCCACCUGACCUUGGACAUUCUUAACCAGGUUGCCAUAACAACGGAGCUCGACAGUGGAGCAGGGCUCAAGGCUGUCGGGUCAUUGGUCACAGUGUUCUUUCGUGUGCUAAAGAUGGAAGACCAGAAGCAAGCUGGUCCAUUAGUUGAGGGGUGUAAAAAGUUUGCCCGGAAACUUGCAAGACAGCCUCACACUCAAACCAUGCUGGUUCGAUACAUUGUGGAGGCGUGUGUAGACUAUGAAAAUAAGCCCUUGUUGGGAGGGAAGCAUGAACUGGAGGUGUGUCGAUCAGGGACUCGGGACGCUAGCGUGUCAUUACGGGAGGAGAACACAAAGCAUGGGCUCUCUCUCACCACCCUGAGGUCCCACAGUUCCGUGUUCCAUGCAGGGGUCAUAGGUCAAGGGCUUCGGCAUGCCCAGUCACAGCAGAUUCUUGACCAGGCAAUAAUUUCCUGUAACCAACUGUAUGUAGAGGAACUGUUGUGGGUGUGUUGCCAUGACUACCAGGCCCCCCGGCCUCAGUCCCCAACCCCCGGGCAAGAAGAGCAAAAAUCAGUCAAAGCACACAGGCUGGUAAUGAGUGCAGAUCUGUGUCGCACCCUGGGCAGUAUGAUCACCGAGCUAGCCACUCCCGAUGUUCUGUAUAACAACCGCUUCUGGCCGGAGGAGGAGUCACUUAAGAUGACCGUGGAGAGGGACCUACAUGUGUGGGGGUAUUUUGAUGACAAUCCCAUCCUAUAUCGGAUCAUGCUGAUGCUGGCUGGCAAUACUCUGGUAAUGGCUCGUUGUUCACCGGUUCUCAAAUCACUAACGGCAACCAUGCUGCAUUACUUUGAUGUUACACGUGAGAAGUUGCCCACCAACUCUCCGAAACAAUUGGCAUGUGUGAACUGCGUCAUUCGCUGCCUUGGAAAGAGUGGAUUGCUGCCAGCCCCACUCAGCUACCUUUCUGAGUUACUGCCCUUGGUGAAGUCGUACGAGGUUUGUCUGCUCCUGCUUGCCGUAUGGAGAUAUAUGAAGGAAACACCGCCUACAGAAGAUCCAAGCGAUGUGGCCCACAGAGUAUGUGAGCCUCGUCAUCUGACUGUAGUUCGGUCCGUCCUACACAACAAUAUUGACCAAACAGGGGAUGUGUACGCCAGAUUCUUCGGAGACCUAGUGACUGAUGACCUUGCUGGGGAGGUCAGGUCAAUGGACACCACUGACAUACAUUGAAGGCCUUGAAGCUCACACAUACUGAAGGUGCUAUUUGGCUGAUGCAAGCAAAUGCCUACAAACUGUUGAACAGAUUUCCAAUUUGGAGACCAUAGGAUUGGUGACCUCACUGGUUAGGUUAGUGCAAUGGACGCCACUAACGUACUGUGUGGAUGGUUACAAAUGGCGCUAAUUCGAUGACCUAAACUGUUUGGACAGAGCAGCAGCCUGGUAUUGAUUGAACAUUGUCAUAUAGAGAACAGUGUGAGAGAUGGUUUUAUGCCACCUUUGUAGUGUUCAAGUAGCCAUAUUUUAAAAAAGGAAAGGAUGCUGCAGAAAAGGGUCAGGGUGCUGCAGAAAAAGGUCAGGGUGGGGAGAAAAGGACACAAUGUUAAAAACUUAACAUAAUGAAUUUGACAGAAAAUGUUGGGAAAUAUGUUGAUUUGAAGUUAUAUUUGGUUUCAACUGCCAAAUAUGUAAAGUUUGUAUUUAUUAUCAUUAGUUUAAAUCCAAAUAAAAGAAAUACUUUACAGUCUUAA